AGCCUCGGAUCGUGGAGUUUGCCCUUUGUGGGCGGGAACCACAAAAUCUUUUUGACACAAUUCAAGAACGCGAUCUAAUAGCUUGUAUUGUAAUGCUCACAGCGCUCACAGCUUUUUACGCCUUGAGGAGGGCCUUGGGAAGAAAUCGCUGAAAGAGAUCGUCUUGCCUGGACUGCCAUGGUUGCUGCAAAUGCCGGAAGCAGGCCGCGUGUUCGAUUCCAAGACCACAUGGAAAAAUUUCGAUGAUCCGCGCUUCCUCAGCUUUCACAUCGAUCUGGUAAGCUCGUGCAAAAUUCGUCAUAAAUUUGCCAUUCUUUUCCUCCGCUCCUUUCAUAUGGAUGUGUUCACAGCUUCCAUCCUGCUCAUCUUGAUCUUGCUUCCACUUCUCGGAUUCUACUUUCGCCAGUCAUGGCUCAAGCCGCCCUUGCCACCAUCGCCAUCUUCCGGCCUGCCGCUAAUUGGCCAUCUCCAUCUCCUGGGCAAACUCCCUCACCAAUCUUUCCAAGCACUGGCCGAGAAGCACGGCCCCAUUUUCUCGCUGCGAUUCGGCUUUCGCCAUGCCGUGGUCAUCUCCAGCACCGAUCUGGCGAAAGAGGUACUCAGGGUUCACGACGCAACGUUCGCUUCCAGGCCUUCCAACGUCGGAAUGAACAUUGGGUUCUACAAAUACCUCAUGGGAGGAGCACCGUAUGGCGAUUUAUGGAAGCAGCUGAGGAGGCUCUACAGCGUGGAGCUCCUCACCUCGAAAAGAAUCGAUUCCUUCCUCCCGCUGCGCUUGGAGGAGCUCUCUCUCAUGCUGUCAGGCUUAGCAAGAGCACACGAGAGGAAUGAGGCCGUGGACAUGAGGAACCUCUUGACAUGCUUCACCUUCAACACCAUCACCCGGAUCUUGAUGAACAAGAGGUACUUCCAGCACCAAGGAGAGGAGUUGCACGGCAUUGAUUCGAGCGAGGCCAGCGUCUUCAAGGCCAUCCUGGUGGAGCUGUCCGAGACCGCUCUACAGUUUCGCAUAAGCGCGCUGCUCCCUUCCUACCUCAGGUGGAUCGACUGGAGCGUCUACUGGAUCCGGAGGCUACACGCGAAGCAGGAUCAGUUCCUGCAAAAGAUCAUCGACGAGCAUAAGAACGAGAAGAACACAUCGACGUCAAGCAAAGACAUCAUGGAUAUGAUGCUGGGGCUUCUGGCGGAGGACCCGCGAGGAGAAGACAUAGUGAAAGCUGCCAUGACAGAGCUUGUAUCGGGCGGGACUGAUACAUCCGCGACGGUGAUCGAGUGGGCCUUGGCAGAGAUCCUUCACCGUGCUCCGCGCGUCUUGGGCAAAGCACACGACGAGCUCGACGCCGUGGUUGGACGCUCCCGGAUGGUGGACGAGGCCGACCUUCCGCGCUUGCCUUAUCUCCAAGCCAUUAUCAAGGAAAACUUUCGACUCCAUCCCCCGGCGCCACUCCUCGUCCCUCACAUGCCGACGCAUGAAUCCAAUCUAGCGGGCUACCGAGUUCUAGGAGGAACCACCACCUUCGUCAACGUCUACGCCAUCGGGAGAGAUCCAGCGCUGUGGGACGAGCCCCUCGAGUUUCGUCCGGAGAGGUUCCUGGGCAGUUCCGUGGACGUCAAAGGCCAGGACUUUGAGCUGCUUCCGUUUGGCUCGGGACGAAGAGCGUGCCCGGGGAUGGGGCUCGGGCUUAGAACUGUUCAGCUGGCACUCGCGAACUUGAUCCACGGCUUCCACUGGAGUGCUGCCGAGGAGAAUGCGCUGGAGGAAGCUGGCGGCGCUGUCAUCUGGGUCAAGACGCCGCUCAAAGCCAUGGCUUCUCCGCGACUUCCAGUUGAGGUGCUCGCAUGGAAUUGAGCAUUCCACUCCUAGCCUAGAGUUGAGCAUUCUAAAAUCUAACCUUUCCUUGAGUCA